GGAAUGAAGAAUCAGGACAAAGCGCCGGCGUUCACUGUUCAUAACCAACGCAACAACAUUCCAGAGCUGCAGAACGAUGGGGUCGAGUGUGGGAAGUGAGUUGCACAACGUCUUCGUCUACGGCAGCCUCUUGGCCGACGACGUUGUUCGCGUCCUUUUGAAUCGCGUCCCCAAAUCCUCCGUCGCCGUCCUCCAUAGCCACCAUAGGUUUAGCAUCAAAGGACGAGUUUAUCCAGCGAUUUUACCUGUUGAAAAUAGCAAAGUUACUGGAAAGGUUCUGUUAGGAAUUACAGGCCCUGAAUUGCAUAUCUUAGAUGAAUUUGAGGAUGUUGAGUACCAAAGGAGCUCUGUCGAGGUCUCUUUAAUGGAAAAUUCUGACAAGUUACAAGCGUACACAUAUGUCUGGAACGACAAAAAUGAUCCAAACUUGUAUGGAGACUGGAAUUUUGAGGAAUGGAAACGGGUUCAUAUGGAAGAUUUUCUCAAGAUGAGUAAUGAAUUUAUGGAAGCGCUUGAGCUGCCCGAGUCAAAGCCGCGAGUUGCAAUGUAUGAAUCCUUCUAUCAGCAGCAUGAUAAUAAUCCUCCCAAGUGUUGAUCAUUUUCUCAACAAAUUUAAGUCUGAACUAUGUCUCAAGUCUCAACAAUAUGAUAAUUGAAACUGUUUAUAUUUCCAAGUGUUGAACAUUUACAUGGAUAUCCUGAAAUGUGUAGUUUAUGAUUCUCGUAAUUGCUAUUUUAU